AUGAGUUCCCAAGCCUUCGCUCUGUGUCGCAAAAGGUUUUUCCACUGUCUUUCGCAGUUGCGAUGCACAAUUUUCCAGAAUCUUACGGCUUGUGGCAGUGUUGGCCCGCGACGAUCCUCUGGCAACCCUGGAUCGUUACCUUCCUGGGAUGGCCAUUGCAGCCAGUGGCUACCACAGGAUCAUAGAUGGGGCCCCCUGCCCUCCGAGCCCAAGACCAUGCCUAGGUUUGAGCCUAACCUCAGCCUAACCUCAGCCUGGCCACAGCCUAAGCUAAGUCCAGGAUCCAAGGUUAGGCUCCAGUAG